GCAGAGGCUGGGGCAGCUGGGCUGCGACGAGGCCUCGGCGCCGGGGGCGAGUGGAGCUGGCGGCAGCGGCGCUCGAUCGGGAGUCGCAGCGGCAAGGCGGACGGGCCGGCGGGGUCACCAGCCGGGGGACUCCGCACUGGAAUUCGCUAUUCGUUUAUCCGGGGCUUACCCUCCUCCUUCUUUCCUUAAACAUUUAAAAGACCGUAUUCUUUCCCGUUUUAAUUUAUUUUUGCUUCCCAUUCCCUGCUCGAACCGGGCUGGCCGUUUGGGGAGACGGUGCCCGUCCUCUCCCAAAUCACUUCGGAUUUUGGAAAGCAGCAGAGAAGAAAGAGGCAGCAAGAGCUGCAGCGAGAAGUCGAGGAAGAGAGCGAGCCGGGGUCAGAGCGCGCGCGCGGGCGGGCGAGCGACGAGAGGACAGGGGCAAAGUGAGUGACCUGCUUUUGGGGGUGACCGCCAGAGCGCAGCGUGAGCCCUCCCCCGCGGGAUCCCGCGACGGACCAGCAGCGCUGACGGACAGACAGACAGACACCGCCCCCCGCCCCAGCGCCCACCUCCUCCCCGGCGGGCGGCCGACGGUGGACGCGGCGGCGAGCCGCGCGCAGGAGCCGCCGCCGGAGCCCGCGCCCGGAGGCGGGGUGGAGGGGGUCGGGGCUCGCGGCGUUGCACUGAAACUUUUCGUCCAACUUCUGGGCUGUUCGCGAUCCGGAGGAGCCGUGGUCCGCGCAGGGGCAGCCGAGCCGAGCGGAACCGGGAGAAGUGCUAGCUCGGGCCGCGCGGAGCCGCAGUCGGAGGAGGGGGAGGAGGAAGAGGAGAAGGAAGAGGAGAGGGGCCCGCGGUGGCUGCUCGGCGCGCAGGAGCCGGGCUCAUGGACGGGUGAGGCGGCUGUGUGCGCAGACAGUGCCCCAGCCGCGCGCGCGCCCCAGGCCCCGGCCCGGGCCUCAGCCCCGCGAGGAAGAGGAGCCCGCCUGGGCGCGCAGGAGAGCGGGCCGCCCCGCAGCCCGAGCCCGAGAGGGAGCGCGAGCCGCGCCGGCCCCGGCCGGGCCUCCGAAACCAUGAACUUUCUGCUCUCUUGGGUGCACUGGAGCCUUGCCUUGCUGCUCUACCUCCACCAUGCCAAGUGGUCCCAGGCUGCACCUAUGACAGAAGAAGGAGAGCAUAAAUCCCAUGAAGUGGUGAAGUUCAUGGAUGUCUAUCAGCGUAGCUACUGCCGUCCAAUCGAGACCCUGGUGGACAUCUUCCAGGAGUACCCCGAUGAGAUCGAGUACAUCUUCAAGCCGUCCUGCGUGCCCCUGAUGCGGUGUGGGGGCUGCUGCAAUGAUGAGGGCCUAGAGUGUGUGCCCACCGAGGAGUUCAACAUCACCAUGCAGAUUAUGCGGAUCAAACCUCACCAAAGCCAGCACAUAGGAGAGAUGAGCUUCCUACAGCACAACAAAUGUGAAUGCAGACCAAAGAAAGAAAAAGCAAGGCAAGAAAAAAAAUCAAUUCGAGGAAAGGGGAAGGGGCAAAAAAGAAAGCGCAAGAAAUCCCGGUAUAAAUCCUGGAGCGUUCCCUGUGGGCCUUGCUCAGAGCGGAGAAAGCAUUUGUUUGUACAAGAUCCGCAGACGUGUAAAUGUUCCUGCAAAAACACAGACUCGCGUUGCAAGGCGAGGCAGCUUGAGUUAAACGAACGUACUUGCAGAUGUGACAAGCCCAGGCGGUGAGCCAGGCUGGAGGAAGGAGCCUCCCUCAGGGUUUCGGGAACCAGACCUCUCACCAGGAAAGACUGAUAGCGAACGACCGAUACAGAAAGCACGCCGCCGCCGCACUACCACCACACCAUCACCAUCGCCAUUGCCAGAACAACCUUUAAUCCAGAAACCUGAAAUGAAGGAAGAGGAGACUGCGCAGAGCACUUUGGGUCCGGAGGGUGAGACUCCGGCAGAAGCAUUCCCGGGCGGGUGACCAAGCAUGGGCCCUCUUGGAAUUGGAUUGCCAUUUUAUUUUUCUUGCUGCUAAAUCACCGAGCCCGGAAGAUUAGAAAGUUUUAUUUCUGGGAUUCCUGUAGACACACCCACCCACAUACAUACGUUUAUAUAUAUAUAUAUAUAUUAUAUAUAUAAAAAUAAAUAUAUAUAUUUUAUAUAUAUAUAAAAUAUAUAUAUUCUUUUUUUUUUAAAUUAACAUUGUAAUGUUAUUGGUGUCUUCACUGGAUGUAUUUGACUGCUGUGGACUGAGUUGGGAGGAGAAUGUCCCUACCCAGAUCCUGACAGGGAAGAGGACGGGAGGAGAGACUUCGGCGUGAUCCUUUUAUUUUAACCCCCUUAGGGAGAGGCCAGGGUCCCCUCCCCUGCCCAGGAAAGUGCAGGGCCAGGGCACGGGGGCACACCUGGCCCGCUUUUGGGAACACCGACAAACCCAGCCCUGGCCCUGAGCCUCUACUCUGAGGUCAAACGGACAGAAAGACAGAUGAAAGAUACAGGGAAGAGGAUGUUGACUCUGACCAGGAAUUUGGGGAGCUUCGGGACGUUGCUGUGCUUUGGGGAUCCCUUCCACAUGCUGCAUAGGCGUUCUGCCCAGAGGGGCACAGCCUGGAAGACUGAGGAGCCGGGACAGCCUUUGCCUACUCACCUGCUUCCGUGAUGCCCACGAGGCUUCUGACAGAUGUCCCAGCGAGAGGAGAGAGACAUUGGUGGAAGCGCCUCCGGGCCCUCCCUCACGCCCCUGCCUGGGAGUGCAGCCGGGAGGGCCUGAUGUCCUCAGACCAUUGAAACCACUAGUUCUGUCCCCAGGAGACUGGCUGUGUGUGUGUGAGUGGUUACCCCUCCUCUGUCCCCCACCCGACCCUUCCCGCGGCACCGAGAGGGCAGGAUCCAUGUGCCUGUCAUGGAGGCAGAGAAAAGAGAAAGUGUUUUAUAUACGGUACUUAUUUAAUAUCCCUUUUUAAUUAGAAAUUAAAACAGUUAAUUUAAUUAAAGAGUAGGGUUUUUUUCAGUAUUCUUGGUUAAUAUUUAAUUUCAACUAUUUAUAAGAUGUAUCUCUAUCUUGCUCUCUCUUGUUCUCUCUUAUUUGUACUGGUCUCUGUGUAUGAAAUUCAUGUUUCCAAUCUCUCCUGAUCGGUGACAGUCACUAGCUUGUCCUGAACAGAUAUUUAAUUUUGCUAACACUAAACUCUGCCCUCCCCUUACCCCUGACUCCCCACCACACAUUCCUUUGAUAAGGUUUCAAUAUACAUCUACAUACUAUAUAUAUAUUUGGCAACUUGUGUUUGUAUAUAUAUAUAAUAUAUAUAUAUAUGUUUAUGUAUAUAUGUGAUUCUGAUAAAAUAGACAUUGCUAUUCUUUUUUUUAUAUGUAAAAACAAAACAAGAAAAAAUAGAGAAUUCUACAUACUAAAUCUCUCUCCUUUUUUAAUUUUAAUAUUUGUUAUCAUUUAUUUAUUGGUGCUACUGUUUAUCCGUAAUAAUUGUGGGGGAAAAAGAUUAACAUCACAUCUUUGUCUCUAGUGCAGUUUUUCGAGAUAUUCUGUAGUACAUAUUUAUUUUUAAACAACGGCAAAGAAAUACAGAUAUAUCUUAAAAAAAGCAUUUUGUAUUAAAGAAUUUAAUUCUGAUCUCAAA